GCACGGCGCGUUUUGAUGGCGGAACUCUUGAAUCGGUGCUGUUGUUUCCGCCCGGACCCGCAAAGCUCCGGGACAUGGCGUGUACAGUGAAGGUGUGGAAAGCGCUGGCAGGAUGUCAGCGGCAGCUGCUGCACGCCGGGGCCGCCGCACCGCUGCCUCACAGGAUCCUGCCUGCCAGGACGUUUGCAGCUGUCAAGGCGAAGAAGAAGAGCGCCAAGGAGGAGCCGGAGAAGCCGGCCAAGAAGGAGAGGAGGGUGGUGGACGAUAAAGACAGACACAAACCGUUUGGAAAGACUGCCUGGGCGCCCGUGGACGACGUGUACAUCAACCGCUACUACCCCCGGACCGUGCACGGCGCGGCGGACGCCAUCGACAAGCUGAAGCUGUUCCAGCGGCUGGACUUCACCCCCCAGGACCAGCCCGUCUACGUGGAUCUGAGGCUGGACAUGAAGCUGGAGAAGAAGAAAAAGGUGGAUCCGUUCGUCAGCACGGUGCAGCUGCCCCACCCCUUCAAGACGGAGGCCAACAGAGUGCUGGUGUUCACCGAGGACGAGCUGCAGGCCGAGGCCGCCCGGCAGGACGGAGCGGCGGCGGCCGGAGGAGCGGAGCUCAUCCAGCCGAUCCUGGACGAUGAGCUCUCUGCAGACUUCUACCUGGCCGUUCCAGACAUCGUCUCCAAACUCGUGCCGCUGAAGAACAAACUGAGGAAGAAGUUUCCAAAGAGCAAGAGAGGGUCCGUCGGCAACGACAUUCCCAGAAUGUUGGCGCUCUUCAAACACGGCCACGAGUUCAUGGUGGAGGACGAGUGCUACGUCCGCACGCAGAUCGCCACGCUGGACAUGUCCGCCCAGCAGAUCUACGCCAACCUGCAGGCCGUCCUGCUGGACGUGGUCUCCCACCGCCCCGCCCACAUGGGACCCUUCAUCGAGCGAGCCAUCAUCUGCAGCCAGACCAGCGAGGCCGUCUGGUUCCACGGCCCUGACGUCCUCCCCCAGGAGCCGGAGGAGGGGGAGGCUCCGCGGCCCUGACGUUCUGCUCACGCUGUGCUGAAUAAAGCUGUUCCCCCGGUCUGAGCGCUGCUGCUGUUUCUUCAGAG